UUUUAUAAAGCGUAGUCACAGAGUGCCGUGUAUUCCUUUAAGUAUCGGAAUUCUCUUAAUCACUUCCUUUAAUUACUAAAAAUGAUUGGAUAUAUUUUGCUGUUGCUUACGUUUGGUUUUGCAACUGCCAAAGAAUUGAGCUCUUCAUCAUGCAAAUUGAACCAGUUUCCAUGUAAUAACGGACAGUGCAUCAGCAGAAAUCAAUGGUGUGACAAAAAUGCAGAUUGCAGAGACAAAUCGGAUGAAAAAUUUUGCUCAAGAGGGUCGUUUCAAAAUGCAGAUCCCAAUCGAUGUAGAGACAAACCGUUACUGUUUUUGUGUAGUGAUGGAACUUGCAUUCCGGUAGUUGGUAGAUGUGAUAAUGCUUAUGAUUGUCCUGAUAAUUCAGAUGAGAUGAACUGCCCUGUCAACUCUUACAGAAAUAGUGAUGUACUUCCAAAACCUGUACAAGCCCAAGCAGCUCAAAACACGCCUUCGUACAAUUAUCGCAACUUAGAAAGCAGUUCAUAUACCGAUCUUCCGUACAAAAACUUCAAACUGCAGCUGAGUUCGGCUCGUGACUGGAUAAAAUCUCAACAAGAAAAGAACUACGGGUGGGGUGACUACACAGCCAGAGCAGUUAUUUCAAUGUACUUGUCAAGAGAAAAUGUGUUUCCGAAGUCGGAAGAAGACUUGCUUAUGGACAAACAAUUGGACAUUGAACUAUUUGUAGCUUUAAGGAGAAAUGAGACUAACACACUGUCUCUCUGUGAAUUGGCUCUCUAUAUAAAUGCAUUGCUGGCUGCUUGCAAGAACCCUAGAAAUUUCUAUGGAUAUAACUUAGUAAGCGUUCUGCGGGAGAGAGUAGAUAAAGUCUACUUGACGUAUCAGUAUGUAAGCCCUCUAGUCCAUUUGACGUUAUGCCUCAGUAAUGCUACAAGAUAUACAGACAUGCAGUCACUUAAAGACUUGUUUAAUCGGAGUGUUAUCGUAGACAAAGUCGACCUUAUAUCCCUUGCAGUUUUAGCUUCGUCCUGCAUUAUCAAAAAUAAGCGCUACAACAGCCCGCAAGACCAUAGAGAUUUCAUAAAUCGGUUAUUGAACAGGAUAAAGAAUUCCGGUCCACCCGGAAAUAUUUACGAGCUCUCACUUGCAAUGCAGGCCUUGAAUGCAGCAGAAGUUGAUCCUAGUGAAUGGGAAAGGGAUGUAGCAAUUGAGUCUAUUCUAAGGAAGCAGAAUGAAAAUGGGUCAUUUGGUGAUGUCUUGGGAACAUACUACACUAUUCCAAUAUUAUCCGGAAAGUCCUUAUUAUCACUUUCUAAUCAUUGUGGCCAAGAUUUCUCAAAUGGAAAGACUCCCUUAGACAUCCUGAAGAAUACAAAGAAAAGGAAAAUUUCCGUCACUUACACUUUGCGUUUUGGUGAUCCUAUGGAAAUGUCACAAAUAAUCACACUUAAAGUUGCAGAGGGAACAAACUUCCUGGAUGUCAUGCGAUUGGCAGAGUCAGAGAACCAAAUCUUCAGGUUCAGUUUGGAUGAAACUAAAGAUAUUCCAUUUGUCUACUCAAUCGGAGGUGUGCCGAAUGACGCCGAGCGUGGAUUAUAUUGGACAUUGCAUGUUCGAAGUACUCGGCCUCCUUUUGACUUCCUUUCUUACGGAGAUGAUAUUAAAAAGCUAGUUCCCAGCGACCGAGGAGAGAUCAGAUUUUCACAGAAACAAAUGUAAAACAACUUAUUAAGUUUUUAAAUUUUUGUUAAUAAAAUGUUAAAACUA